GAUCAAAUAAGCUCUCGGUAUACGAAAUGAGUACGAAGUCCACAUGUAUCGGAUGUCGUGUCAAUGUCAGCCCGCGUCUGCCUGAGCUCUUGGAACCGAGUGAGGAGAGAGGCAUGAGGACGCUGGAAUGCAAGCGGUAUCAUUGCCGAAGUGAGUCAAGUCCUCAUCCCACGCCCUUGACUUGCCCAUCUCGGCCACCGAUAACUGCGAUUACGAGUCCCUUGAGCUAGGGGCCGAGGAUGACUAUUUACAGCAGAGUGAGGGGAAACCAUCAUCAUCCAGCCUCCAGUUUGGCAUCAAUAUCCAUAAAAUUACCGCAGCAUUACAGUUUGUUACGAGCCAUGGCGGCCUGCGGAAGAACCGGGACCGGCGUCACUGGUGGUUUUAAAAGGAAAAGUGUGCGGAUGACAAAUGCUUCCUUCGUGGCUGGACCUUGCGAAAUCCGAGCUGCAGGGCCUAUCAAGAGCUUUCAAGAAAAAGCAUGAAAGAGGACAGCCUACUUUGAUAUCAUUGCACUUGAAGUGCGGAGAGCGGAUAGAACCGACAGUUAACCAUGCAUGUUUUUGCUGUGUCGGACAACAAGCAUGGAUGGAAGUACUCUACAUGCCCACAUCGAGUACAGAAUACCUAGCCGUCUAUCCGCCUACCUGGGCCCAUAUUCUCAAGACCGGUUAGGCGGGCCAAGUGUUUCUGUCAAGCCUGACAGGGUUGGCACCGUGCAGGGCGGGAGAGGCCCAGGUCAUGCGGAGCUAACAAACGAUGAAUCUCCCCACCACGUUUAGCGUCAUCGACCGGUGAUGUCGACGCGGAUCAUCGCAUGGAUAAAAU